CUUCAAUUAAAUUCAAACAGUGCUCCAAAUUUCAAAUUUUUCACAACGAAAACCAAAAUUCUCUAUCUCAGAGAUGGAUUUGGAAAAUAUGAAAAGGAAACAACUACAAGCAUUAUGCAAAGAACAUGGAAUUCCUGCAAAUUUAACCAAUUUGGAAAUGGCCGACAAGCUUUCUUCACUUCUUAAGGUAAAUGAUGAAAAACCCUUAACUCGAGGGCGAUCAUGUUUAAAGAUGUUGGAUGUGAAUGAGUCUGAUGUUGUUAAUAGGAAGGUAAAGAAAGUGAAGUUUAGUCCUGAUAAUGAAGUUAUUGAGUUUACGAGAUCGGCUCAAGUGAAAAGGGGAGAGAGGCGGAAGACAAUGUUGUACAAGAACAAUUUGAAUGUUAGGAGUGACGGGUUAAAAGUAGGCAUUUUGGAUAGUCCAGUUAGGGUUACUAGGUCACAGGGAGUGAAUAUAGAAGAUGGUGUUACUGAGAAAAAGGGAAGGACAAGGCAGGUGAAAGAUAGUGUAAUUUCAGUGAAUAAGAGUAUGGAUGAAGUUGGAGUGACCACAAAAAGAACAUUGAAGAACAAGGAAGUAGUUAUUAUACAGGAAAAGAGGGAAGAAAAUGAGGGAGCGAAUGAUGGUGUACGGAUGAGUAGAAGAGUAAGAAGUCGAAAAAAUGUUAAAGAGAGUGUAGAGGAUUCCCAAGAGGAGCCGAAUAUGGACGGAAGUGAAAAGGUAAUUGAUAGGGAAGAGAAGAGGGACAAGAAAGUGACAUUCAUUAGUGGUGGUCACAUGGAUGAGUGCACAAAGUCUGAAACAAAAGCCAAGGAGCCGAAAAGAGUAACGAGAAGAAAAUCUAUGGCUCAUAAUCAGACCUUGCCUGUUCAAAUUGAGGUUGAUGCUGAAGUAAGGGAGGAGGUUGCGGAGAAGCCAGCUCGGGUUACAAGGUCUCGGAACUUGAAACCAGUUGAGGAUAAUGUCAGUAACAAAAGGAACCGGACUAGGGGUAAGAAAGCCAUUGAGACAAGUGAGGAAUUGCUUUGUACUGAAUUUGUUGAAUCUUUAGUUGAAGCUGUCAAAGAUGAAGUCAGAGUAAUCAUAAGAGGGUCUCGGCAGAAUAGUGUUGUGGAGGCACCCGAAAAGGCUUUGAAGAGGUCUGGAAGGAUAGCUAAUAAGGAUAAGGGAUCAAGGUUCAGUGAUGAUAUUACUAAAGAAAAGAUGGUUACUAGGGGUAGGACAAGAAAUCAGUUUAGCUCAACUGUAGUAGCUUCAACAUCGGAAAGUGGAACCAAAAUUGUUGAAUCGAAGGGGAAACAUGAAGUGGUUCUUCAACUUGAAGAACCUGUAGAAGUUCCUCCUAGAGGAUGUGAUAGGCGCAAAUCUGUUUUGCCUUUGGAGAAAUUGAGAGGUGAUGAAGUUGCGGCCAAGAAGGAGAAAAGAAAUUUCUUAAAUGCUAAUGAUGAUGAGGUAAGGCAAAAAGUCACAGAAGAAGAACCAGAAGAACCCCAGAAGGCAUUGAAGCGGUCAAAAAGGCUUGCUACACAAGUGGAAGAUUCAGUAUUGGCCAAAGAUGAUAUUGCUGAAAAUAAAAUAGAUGGACCAACUGAAUCUCAAGGGACUCUUGAAGUGGUUCUUCAAACUGGAGAAGUUCCUAUCAGAAGUAAUAGGCGCAAAUCUGUUGUUCCUUCUUUGGAGAAAGUAAGAAGUGAUGAAGUUGUGGUUGUAAAGGAGAAAAAAACCUUAAAUGCUAAUGAUGGUGAGAUUGGAAGUAAAAGGACAAAAGAAGAACCCCAGAAGAUUUCAAAGCGGUCUAAAAGGCUUGCUAAACAAAUGGGAGAUCCUGUACUUGCUAAACAUGAUAUUGCUGAAAAUAAAUUAGAAGAGAGGAGAUUGUCAAGAAGGAAUGUUGCUAAUGCAAAUGUAGACACCAAGAUAUUGGACAGAUCAGUGCAAGAAGAAACUUCUGUGGUAAAAGAAGAGAGGAGACGUUCUGGAAGGAGUGCUUCUAGGCAUACACUUGCAGCAGUUUCAGAUGAUAAGAAGGAAAAGGGUGAGAAUAAGCUGACAAAGAGAAAUUGCACUGUUCAAGAUAAAGAUUCUACCAACAAGUUCACCCUUCAAGAUUUAGACUCGGCGAAACAGUCCAUAAAGAGUUCAAAGGCAAGUGUCAAGGCAUCAGUUGUUAAAAAGACAAGUACUGCAGGGAAGAAGCAGCAGGGUCGACUUAAAAGAUCAAAUGUUGAAGUAGAAGUACUCAUGCCUGAGGACAUGGAAAUAGUCAGAGAACCUGACAAUAAAGAUUGUAAUAUCUCAGGGUCAGGAGGUACAAUGAGCUUCUCAAGAUCAUCUGUGAAUGAGCUAGAUGCUGUUCCAGAUGAUGUCAAUAUAGUUCUCGCUGGCACCAAGGAUGACACAACUGCUGAGUCGAGCAUCCUAGCUGACAAAUUAACUGAAGAAGGACCACUUGUAGAUGCAAAUUCUUCUCCAUAUGAAAAUAAAUCCUCAUCGAAAUCUCUUCCAUUCAGUGAUCCAUCCAACUCUGACGCUAGACCUGAGGAAAACCUAGUUGGGGAGCUUUUGCAGGUUGACCACGAGGAGCAGCCUGCAAGCAAAGGCCUAUGUCCUAGUUCUGUUUUGGCUGAUGAUGCAGUUCCAAAUGACCUAAAUUUUGACAAACAGGAGCCUGGUGCAACAGUAGUAGAUAAUGUAGAAGAAUUUGUCACAGGAUUAUCUAAUGACGUUUUUGAUAAUUGUUCACUAAGCCAGAGUAAUAAUAUGGGAGAGAUCUUUGAUUCUGGAAGUAAGGAUGAUGCAGCUGCUGAGUCAAGCCCCCUAGCUGACAAAUUGAUUGAGGAAGGACCACUUGUUGAUGCAAAUGCUUCCCCAUCUGAAAAUAAUUCCAUAACUGAACCAUUCAGUGAUUCAUUCAACUCCAAUGCUACACCCAAGGAGAACCUAGUUGAGGAACUUUUGCAGUGUGAUCAUGAGGCGCCUGCAGGCAAAGAUAUAUGUCCUAGUCCAAUUUUGGCUGAUGAUGCUGUUCCAAAUGAAAUAACUUCUGACAAACAGGAGCAUGGUUCAAUAGCAGCACAUAAUGCAGAAGGGUUGUCUGAUGAAGUUCUUGAUAAUUGUUCACCAAGCCAGAGUGAAAAUAUGGAAGAAAACCUUGAUUCUGGCUUUAAAGAACAAUCGGAGACUGGAUGUGUUGUUACUGAAGGAGUAAGUCAUGGUGAACAGGAGCCUGCAAGCAAAGUCCUAUAUCCUGGUUCUGCUUUGGCUAAUGAUGCAGUUCCAAAUGACAUAAUUUCUAACAAACAGGAGCAUGGAACAGUUGAGGCAGAUAAUGCCGAAGAAGUUGACACGGGUUCAUUUAAUGAAGUUCUUGAUAAUAUGGAACAGCACUUUGAUGCUGGCUUGAAAGAACAAUCAGAGACUGGAUGUAUUGUUACGGAGGGGGUAACUUAUAGUGAACAGGAGCCUGAAAGCAAAGGCCUAUGUCCUAGUUCUGUUUUGGCUGAUGAUGCAGUUCGAAAUGACAUAACUUCUGACAAACUGGAGCAUGGUGCAAUUGCAGCAGAUACUGCAGAAGAAUUUGACUCAGGAUCAUCUAAGGAAGUUCUUGAUAACUGUUCAGUAAACCAGAGUGAUAAUAUGGAAGAGAAGCUUGGUUCUGGUUUUAAAGAACCAUCAGAGACUCGAUGUAUUGUUUCUGUUGGUGUGAAUUAUGGUGAACAAGAGCUAACUGCAACGGACUAUGCAAAAGAGUUGGAUGCGGGGUUGUCUAGUAAUGUUUUGUUGGAUAAUCUAGGUUGUUUCAAUCAUAGCAAUGAGAUGGAAGGCAAAAUUUCUGAAGCAGAAGCUGAAUCUGGUCCUAUGGAACAAGCAGACGCUGAAUCUGAUCUAGUGGAAGCUAAUUAUGAUCUAGAUGCACCAACCUUCACAAGUCAAGGUGAGAUUCAUGCAGAAGAAUGUGGAAACUUGGAGAUGGCUGCUUCCGAGAAAACCGUUUCAAGUCCCAUAAAAGCAGUUCUAGAUCUUCAAGUUGCAGAACCUGGUAUUCUUGGUGAUGGCAUCACAUUACAUGUAACUCCAUUAGAGGACAGUGAUGAAGAGAAGCAAGGCGAAGAGUUAAAAUUUUUGUUUGCCACUCCUGGUUAUGUUUCACAUUCUAAAGAAAAGAAAGCCUUUUUGGAUGGUGAUUCAAGGGACGAGGGUCUCAACAGAGAGGGGCAAGUUUCACCUAUUAGUGGUAAUGAUACAUCAAGUCUCCAAAGUUCUGUCCGUGACUGUGGUGAACAUGGCCAAGGAGAGUAUCUGAAAAGAUUGUUUGCCACACCAUUUGGUAGUAAAUGCAGCAAGGUAGAUAUAGCAACUAGUAGUGCGAUUAAUGAGACAAGCAGUCAGUGCCAGCACAGUUUCCAUGAAAAUGAGCACAUCACAUUACAUGUAACUCCAUCAGAGGACUGUGAUGAAGAGAAGCAAGUUUCUCCUAUUAGUGGUAAUGAUACAUCAAGUCUCCAAAAUUCUGUCCGUGAUUGUGGUGAACAUGGCCAAGGAGAGUAUCUGAAAAGAUUGUUUGCCACACCAUUUGGUGGUAAAAGCAGCAAGGUAGAUAUAGCAACUAGUAUUGCGAUUAAUGAGACAAGCAGUCAAUACCAACACAGUUUCCAUGAAAAUGAGAACAUGGGGGAAGAUCUUAAAGGUUUGUUUGCUACGCCCUCUGUUGUUUCACAAUCUGUUGGAGACCUGCACUACCUUUUUCAAAAUCAAUUGAGUGGAGAAGCAAUGACCGCUAGAGGACUUGGCUCAAGCGGAAAAGAAAAUUUAAGUGAAUCUGUCAGGAGUUUGAUUGAGAACAAGCAAGUGGAACAAGUAAGGACUUCAUUUGCCUCACCAGUCUCUGUGAAAUGCACUAACCAAGAGACUACUUCUACCAAAGGAAAGUUUAGCCUAAGUCAUGAAAUGCAAUCUUAUAUUUGCAGUGGAGUGGAAAGAGAUCACAGUGAAUCUGAAGCCGGGUCUAUUGGAGUCGACCAAGCUCCUGAGACUUCGCAUAUCACUGCUUUCAACUUUGGUGAUGAAAAUGAACAAGAAGAUCAAUUGAUAAUGCCUUUUGCUUCAGCCAACAUUACCCAGUCUAUGGAUCAAAUGGAUGGAACUCCAAGGAUGACAGAAAACAAGAAACUUUUUAUGUCUGGCAAUGUUCAAGGUCUCUCUCGUAACAAAGUCUUUCCAGUUGCACAUCCAAGUGCUAUGGAUCUGGAAGAGCCUGAGAGCAUAGAUUCUAAACAUUCUGAAGAACAGAAUAAAGUUGAGAAGAUCAAAGAAACUGUUGAGUGGAUGAAAGAAUCCAGUGCUGUUGAAGAAGAGAACAAUGACGGUCAGGGUAAUAUGCUCUCUGCAACAUCAGCUAAAAGCAUGACUCCAUUUCGCAAGGAUGAGCUUUCUUCUCAAAAACCUAAGAUCAAAGAAACUGCUGAGUGCAUGAAAGAAUCCAGUACUCUUGAAGAAGAGAACAAUGAAGGUCAGUGUAAUAUGUUGUCUGGAAUGUCAGCUAAAAACAUGACUCCAUUGCAGAAUAAUGAGUUUUUCUCUCAAGACACUAAGAAAGCAGAUGUUGCAACGUCAGGAGAAAUGGUUGGAGACACAGAGAUGACUACAAGACAUGAAAGCUGUGUUGAGGAAAUUGUUGACAUAGAGGAACAAAAAAUCGAGGAAACAGUGGCUGACAGGGAUUUGUUGUUAUUUUCUCCUCAAGAACCUAAGACAGCAGAUGUUGCAAUGUCAGGAGAAAUGGUUAGAGACACAGAGGUGAAUACAAUACAUGAAAUCUGUUUUCAUGAAAUUGUUGACAUAGAGGAACACAAAAUUGAGGAAACAGUGGCUGACAGGAAUUUGUUGCUAAGAGGAGAUGUCUCUAGAGGUCUUGAAGAAGAUAUUUAUGUUGGAAUUGCAAAUGAAAGCACUUCUCCUGUUAUUUCAGAGCCUACAUGCGAUGAUAUUGGAUUUUCUGAACAGCAAAUGGUGCCGGAGAUCAAUCAGAGCAGUCCAAACGAAAGUGCUUCUCCUAUUUCAGAGCCUACAUAUGAUGAUAUUGGAUUUUCUGAACAACAAAUGUUGACGGAGAUCGAUAAGAGCAGUUUCGAGAACAUUAACACAUCUGAUGCUUUUAAUGAUGGUACUGAAGAUCACUUGAGACUGCAGUUUGCCACCCCAAUCAAAGAAGCAAGCCCUUCCAGAUUGGGUGAAGCUUCUAGUUGUCAAUUGAAGACAGCAAUGAUUGCAAUGAUUUCUGAAAUGGCUGGUAAGCAGCCUAAGCAAGGGUUUGAAUUUUCUGGUGAACCACUUACUGUAGAGAUUAUUAGUGGAGGUUCUGAUAGAACAAAAAGAUCUCAUUUCUCCAAAGAGAUUGAACAAUUUGAAGGAGGGCCUCUGUUUCCUACACCAUCAAAAGGUACACGUCCACUACAGUUUGAGGAAAGUCCUGGUUGUGAGGAAGAUAUCUUCAAGUAUCUAGAUGGUGUUAAGCUCCUUAACACUCGGGAACAAAAUUUUGAACAGCACGGAGAUCGUCAAUUUUUAAAUGAAAUAACUGAUGAUACAGGUGAAGCUACACUUCAUUGGUUUCAAACAAACGAUGACAAUGUUCCCAGACAGACAGAGCUGGAGACACAGAAAGAAAUUGAUUCUGCCUGGCCGUUUGAGCCCUUGCAUGAGGAAGGGGAAGUCACAGAAGAUGAUGCUCUGGCUGAGGGCAAGGAAAACAAUCAUCCAGUACCAUAUCAAGAAUCUAUUGAAGACGAAUUAAUUAACACUGAUGAAGCAGCAAAAAGUGGUGCUGUAAGUGAUGCAGUUUGCCAACAACCUAACAUUCUUUUAACUGACAUCAAAACUGAGAACAUAACUCAGGAGAGGACAAGGAAGACUGAUGGCUUUUCCGUUAGUGCUGAAAGUGGAAUUCUUGAAUUUGAUGCUGAAUCCACUGCAUUAAGAAGUCAGGAACCGAUUAUCAUCACAGUAGAAGAGACUAAGGGAGAGGAAGUGCAAAAAAUAGAAGUGAGCAAUAUCAGUAACGCUUUCCUAGAGAAUAUUCCCAAUGAUGAUGAAUAUACAAAAAACAAUUCAACAGUUUUGCCUGCUGAUGAGCAGAUCCACUUUAUAGAACAUUAUGCGGUAGAAAAUGCUUCGAGCACUGAGGGGUUUACUGCUUUCACAAAUGAAUGUCAACAUGUUACUAAGGAAGAUGAUCUUGCUGCUGAGGGGGACAUACUUGUUAUAUUUGAAUCAAAUGAGAGCACGCCUACGAUUGUUAACAAUUCAGGUCUCACCACACAAAUGGACAUGCCUGGAAUAUUCACAGAAGAGCCUCAGCGUGUAAGUGAUCAAGAGAAGUCAAGUGCAGCUAAGCAACAAGAUGAGGAUUCUUUUGAUAAAAAGGAGCAUGAAUCAACUGGAGCAGUGUUAUCACCUUCUUCUAAAUCUCAUGAAAGCAUUAGCUUUAUUGAGGAAGGCAUUGCUGGUGAAGGUACAUUGAUAUUUGAGAAAAAGGAUGAGUUGGCUGAAAAGAAAGUAGCUUUAACCCCAGCAGCAGGUGUGGCUAAAACAUCUUUUGCCAAGCACUUGAACUCCACUGUGAAAAAGAAGAAUGCCAGAAGCAUUCUGAUACAUGGAACCCCUAACAAACUAACUCAGAUAGCUGACAUGAAAGAAAAUGCUCCAAAUGUUAAAGGAGAUAUUGGCACUGUAACUGCGUUAAGGCCUGAUAAACGACCUGCUUUGAAAGACCUCCCAAGGAAAUAGAAGAAACAUGUGUGUAAAUCUUGUGAGUUUUUUUCUGUUUUGAUUGUCCUGGUUUGAUGAUUGCUGCAUAUCUCAUGGCCUAUACUUCUGUUACAUGAGAACAAAUAGGUUGUGUAAUUAUGUCAUUUUUAUGUUAUUCCAUGGGAUUGACAUUGUAACUGUUCUGAUUUUUUUGGUAAAAGAUUGAUUGACAAGAAUGUAAGGAUUUUAUUACCGAAUCUCACAGAUAAUUUCCAGAUUUCCCAGCUUUAAUUUGGAACAAUUACCUUCAUAGGCUAAGUUGUUUAAAACUAUGCCAACUUGAAAUGCUAUGAAGA